AUGAAACUGUCUCAUACCUUGCUGGCGACCUUGGCUGCGCCAGUAGCCCAGGGCCUCACGCUCGGCAGCCGCAACCAAGCGUACAGCAUCAUACGUGAGCCUGCCAAAAAAGAACUGCUUCAAGACCUCAUCACCUGGGAUGACAAGUCGCUCUUCAUCCGUGGAGAGCGCGCCCUGAUGUUCUCUGGUGAAUUUCACCCAUUCAGGCUCCCUGUUCCAUCACUUUAUCUAGACGUCUUCCAGAAGAUUAGGGCCAUGGGUUUCAACAUGGUUUCCUUCUACGUUGACUGGGCUUUGGUUGAAGGCAAGCCGGGCGAGUUCCGCGCCGACGGCAUCUUCUCGCUUGAGCCCUUCUUCAAGGCCGCUACCGAGGCGGGCGUCUAUCUCCUCGCCAGGCCGGGCCCGUAUAUCAACGCCGAGGUCUCUGGAGGAGGAUAUCCUGGCUGGCUUCAACGCAUCAAAGGCAUCUUGCGCACCGAUGCGCCAGACUACCUCAAGGCAACCGAUAAUUACAUGGCCAACAUCGGCGCCAUCAUUGCAAAGGCCCAGAUUACAAACGGUGGCCCCGUCAUUCUGUUUCAACCAGAAAAUGAGUAUAGCGGUGCCUCUGUGUCUCCGUUUCCAAACAAAAAGUACAUGCAAUACGUCAUUGACCAAGCGCGUAAAGCUGGUAUUGUGGUGCCGCUCAUCGACAACGAUUCUUAUCCCGGCGGUACUGGCGCGCCUGGCACCGGUGAGGGCGAAGUUGACAUUUAUGGGUUUGACUCGUAUCCUUUGGGCUUUGACUGCGCUCGCCCCGAUGUAUGGCCAGCAGGUAAUUUGCCUACCGACCUGCACAAGACACACAUGCGACUGAGUCCAAGCACGCCUUUCUCCAUCAUCGAGUUUCAAGGCGGGUCUUAUGAUCCCUUCGGUGGCUAUGGCUAUGAUCAGUGUUACAAGCUUGUGAACCACGAGUUCUCUCGCGUCUUUGACAAGAACAACCUUGCUGCGGGUGUCAACAUUUUAAAUAUUUACAUGAUUUUCGGUGGCACUAACUGGGGCAACCUGGGUCAUCCUAAUGGGUAUACCUCCUAUGACUACGGUGCUAGUAUCCGAGAAGACCGCUACAUUGACCGCGAGAAAUACUCACAAAUGAAGCUGGAGGCGCAAUUCAUGCGUGUCUCUCCCUCCAUCUUGGAGGCCACACCAGGUGAUCCCUCGACGGGCGUCUACAGCGAGAACAAGGACGUUACUAUCACGCCUAUGCUCUCAAAUAAGACCGGCAAUUUCUUCGUGGCUCGCCAUACAGACUAUCAACGCCGAUAUUCGACAUCGUACACCGUAAAGCUCCCCACAUCUCUGGGAACUCUGUCUAUCCCGCAGUUUGGCGGCCAGCUGACCCUGUCUGGGCGCGACUCCAAGUUUCAUGUCACCGACUAUCCCGUGGGAAACCACACAUUGCUGUAUUCUACAGCUGAGAUUCUGACCUGGAAGAAACUUGACGGCCAGACUGUCGUCAUCAUGUACGGUGGCCAGGGCGAGCUGCACGAGUUUGCGUUGCAGAACGCCAUGGACGUGCACCAUAGCUCCGGCAGCCAAUUGUCAUAUAAGCAGAGCAAUAGCUCUGUCAUCGUCCAGUUCACAGCCACCUCGGAGCGUAAGGUAAUUCGCAUGGGUGACAUCACUGUGUUCAUGCUCGAUCGCAACAGUGCAUACAAUUACUGGGUUCCAGUGCUUCCUAAAGGUGAUUCUGCAUACGGCAGUUCCGUGAUGAACCCAGAGACCAUAAUCGUCAAUGGAGCAUAUCUUGUCCGCUCCGCAUCUGUGGACGGGAAGACCGUUUCCAUCCAAGCCGACUUCAACCAAACCACAUCCCUUGAGGUCAUUGGCGCCCCCAAGGGCGCAUCAGAGCUUUCCGUCAACGGCAAAAUCACAUCCUAUAAAAAGACAAAUGAAGGCACCUGGCUGUGUAACCCCGAAAUUAGCUUCCCUACCGUCAAGCUCCCCAAUCUCCGAUCUCUCGACUGGCACGCCAUAGACUCGCUGCCCGAAAUCAAGCCAGGCUACGACGAUUCUCGCUGGACAAAGGCCAACCACACCACCACAACCAACCCCAAAGGCUUGCCGCUCAAGACGCCUGUCUCGCUGUACGGCUCCGACUACGGCUUCAACACAGGCAACAUGCUGUUCCGAGGCUCCUUUGUGGCGGCCGGCAACGAGGACCGGCUCGUCCUCACCACGUCGGGUGGUCAAGCCUACGCCGCCUCCGUCUGGAUUAACCAGACCUUUCUCGGGUCCUUUGCCGGCAACAAGAACUGGGCCACCGUCAUCGUCACCCACGCUGUCCCGCAGCUGCGCGCCGGCGGCCGCUACACCCUGACCGUCGUCAUGGAUAGCCUCGGCUUUAACGAGAAUCUGACGCCCGGCAACGACGACAUGAAGGCGCCGCGCGGCAUCCUCGACUACAAGCUACACUCCUCAUCCUCUGCCGGCAGCGACCCCACGCCCAUCACCGACUGGAAGAUUGCCGGCAACCUCGGGGGCGAGGACUACAAGGACAAGUUUCGCGGGCCGCUCAACGAGGGCGGCCUCUUCUUCGAGCGCAGCGGCUUUCACCAGCCAUCACCACCGCUUGACCUCUUUUCCAAGGCCACACCUUUUGACGGCACCGCCGGAGCAGGCAUCACCUACUAUACGGCCAAGCUUGAUCUGGACCUCCCCGCCGACGAGUACGACAUUCCGCUCGCUUUCCGCUUCGACAAUAGCAGUGCCAUCGCGGCGCCUGCGUAUCGCGCGCUGCUCUACGUAAACGGCUUCCAGUACGGCAAAUACAUUAGCAAUAUCGGCCCGCAAACCGAGUUUCCCGUACCCGAAGGCAUCCUCAACCACAAAGGGGAGAAUUGGCUCGGCGUCUCUGUCUGGGCGCUCAAUGGCAACGGCGCAAAGGUCCCAGGACUGACACUCACCUCUCGUCCGCCAGUCUUGACCAGCAGAAACAAAGUCGACUUUAUUCAAGGACCGUCGUAUAGCAAGCGCGACGAUGCUUUCUGA